CAGAUCCCAUGGCUCACAGGCGGCUUUUCAGUUUGUGGACUGGGAUCAUCCAUAUUUGAAAAAAGUCAAACCAGUCAUUUCCUCCUGUUCCCUCCAGCCUCUGGUAUAAAGUGAUCAAAUGGUAAAGUCCAGAGAUUACGAUUACUCAUCUCUUCACUGGCUGUUGUGUCGUUCUAACCAUGAGACUCGUCUUUCAAGCAUGUUCAGUGAUCUUCACACUGGGCAACCUGGUGGCUUCUCAGUCACAAUCUCCUGGUUGGAAAGAUGCCAUCAGCACUACAAUAAUCAAUUUCAAUAAUGAGAAGAUGCAGAUCACAUGGGCAGCGAGAGAACUAUUUCCCAGUGAGAAUGUGUCAUUUUCUUAUACAUUUGAUGAAGGCAAGCACAAAGUUUGGAAGCCAUGUCCCACCUAUUUAUUGGAUCAAGAUUAUAAUUCUGGAUGUCUUUUUAAGACAGAAGGACCCACCCUUGCCAUCUCUAUCAGGAACAACAAUGGAAGUGAAGAAUUUUUUUCUAAAAGACUAAAAUCUGACUUUUAUAUAAAGCCCAAUCGACCAGAAAAUGUAACCUUCUUCUGGAAAGAGGACACUGUAACUGUAAGCUGUAAUAAACCAGAGAGAGCUGUGAAGUGCUUGAGACUUGAGCUUCAAUACAAAAGCAAGUUUGACAAAGACUGGCAAUCCAGAACUUCUAAGUGUUGCAGUGUUGGAGAGCAAGGCUUUGAUCCAAGGAAAUGCUAUUCUUUCCGGGUCAGACUGAAGAGACUAGUACCCCACUGCAACGUAGUUAAUUACAGCAGUGAUUGGGAAGCAGAAACAUUUUGGAUGAAUGGCACAUUAUUAGAUUCAUGUGAUGAUGAUAUAAAAUCUCAGUCCAACAUGGUAAUUGUUUUAAGUUGUUUGCUGGCAGUACUUCUAAUGAUACUUACCCUCUUGAUUCUUCUGUGUAAAUGGCAGAGGCUUCAGAAGUCAUUCAUGCCUGCUAUACCAGCUCCAAAAUGCAUAUUUGCCGAUCUCUUCAAUGAUCAUAAUGGAAACUUCCAGGAAUGGAUAAACAAAACUGAUCAUGUAAUGGUACAAACCAAGCUAGAAUAUGAAGAACCAGAGUGCAUCAUUGAGGCAGAAAGCCAGCAAGAAGAUGAGAAGAAUAGCGACAAACAGGUGCCUCAAGAAAAAAUCUUCAGUUUCUCAAGAGCAGCUGAAAAUAAUGACCCCAAAGCAGCUCAGAUUGCCUGCCUGAUGCCAACAUCCAACACUAUAGCUUCUUUUGCUGGCUUCCAGAUUUUAAUGAAUGAUGACAUGUAUGUGAUGUUAUAAAAUUUGCAUAAUGCAGAAGGUGUUAGGAAAUUACAUAAAAGAUCUUGAUGGGUUUAGGGGAGUAGCUGAAUAGAAGUUUGUCAUGAGUAGACUCGCAUCAAGAAAGACACUAGGCUGUGUUAUCUGGUUUCAGAUCUUUUCUUUCCCAGGACUUAUGACCACUUGGGCAGGCUCAGUGUUUGAAAUAAAUGCCUAAUAAUUUAUAGAGUUAGAAUUUGUUGUUCUAAUUGGGGUUUCUCUCUAAGACUAAACCGAGCACCAUUUUCCUGCUAUGGACAGGAGACGACAAGAGCUCCUCCAUAAUACAUGUUCACAGAGCCAAGACACAGUCCUUGCGCUUAUGGAGGAUACAGAGUAGUGAAAACUACUCUGUUAUUCUUCCCAAAUGAAGAGAGAAAAUAAAGGGAUUUUUCUGCUAACGGUUUUUGUCUCACAAAGACCAGACCAUAUAGUGCCCAUUUUCACAGGGAUAGGAUAUUGCUUUGCAAGUCCUCCUUAGACUAGAAGUGCAUGCUUUCACAAUGCUUCUCCCAUUGUGAAACUUUGUGCUGCAUGGCACACAUCAAAGGUUUCAUAAAGAGAAAGAAUGUCUAAGAACGGAAGAGUGAGGAUGUACAGUAUUGAGUCACUUUUUAUCAUAGAAUCAUAGAAUGGCCUGGGAUGGAAGGGACCUUAAAGAUCAUCUACUUCCAACCCCCCUGCCACGGGCAGGGACAACCUCCACUUGACCAGGUUGCCCAAAGCCCCAUCCAGCCUGGCCUUGAACACUUCCAGGGAUGGGGCAUCCACAGCUUCUCUGGGCAACCUGUUCCAGUGCCUCACUGACCUCACAGUGAAGAAUUUCUUUCUAACAUCUAAUCUAAAUCCACCCUGUCUUUAUAGGAGAGGUGCUCCGGUCCUCUGUUUACCUUCAUGGUCCUCUUGUGGACUCACUCCAACAGCUCCAUGUCCUUCUUAUGUUGGAGGCCCCAGAGCUGGAUGCAGUACUCCAGGUGGGGUCUCAUGAGAGCAGAGUAGAGGGGCAGGAUCACCUCCCUCGACCUGCUGGUCACACCUCUGUUGAUGCAGCCCAGGACACGGUUGGCUUUCUGGGCUGCAAGCGCACACUGCCGGCUCAUGUCCAAUUGUUCAUCCACCAGUACCCCCAAGUUCUUCUCCUUAGGGCUGCUCUCAAUCCAUUCUGCACCCAGGCUGUAUUUGUGCUUGGGAUUGCCCUGAUCCUUGUGCAGGACCUUGCACUUGGCCUUGUUGAACUUCAUGCAGUUCACACAGGCCCACCUCUCCAGCCUGUCAAGGUCCCUCUGGAUGGCAUCCCUUCCCUCCAGGGUGUUGACUGCACCACACAGCUUGGUGUCAUCAGCAAACUUGCUGAGGGUGCACUCGAUCCCACUGUCCAUGUCGCCAACAAAGAUGUUAAACAGCAUCUGUCCCAGUACUGACCCCUGAGGAACACGACUCAUCACUGAUCUCCACCUGGACAUCAAGCCAUUGACCGCAACCCUUUAAGUGUGACCAUCCAGCCAAUUCCUUAUCCACCAAGUUGUCCAUUCAUAUCCUACAAGUAGUGCUGUGUAGGCAGCUUCCUUUAGAACAGUGCGGCUUCAUGGGCCUCCUCUGAGAUCAAGUCCUCAGUAUCUGACAGUCUUUGUAUGACUAAGCAACUUCUUCUAGAAAGCUGAGGUUCAUUUUGAACAAUAUUUAUAUUUAACUGAGUCACAUUUAUUUCUAACUGCUUUUUAGUGCAGUUAGCAGCUGUAGAUCCAAAUUAGACCUUCGUAUUCACAUUACAUAUGCCACUCUCUUGUUCUUAAACUAUGUUCUAGUGUUUUCUAAGCAUACUAUCUUCCAAAAUAUGUUCGAUUUUAAAUUUAAAAUGCAAUAUACUAUGCAAUUAGACCUCAGGGAAAAAAAAAAUCUGUACUGUUCUGUGAGUUUCCCUGUAUCACUCAGGUUACUUACUGUUUGAAAGCAAAUUUUGUAAAAAAGUUUAAGUGCUAAAUGCAUCUAUGAUAUGGGUAAGGCCUUGUAGAUAUACUGUGACUAUGGGUUGAAUUAGCUCCAGUUAUUUACCUGGAUAUCAGUCAGUCAUUAAAUUACUAUAUCAGUUGACUAAGCUUUGCCAAUUGCAUACUUUCAUUGACUAAUUUGUAGUGUAACUUGGAAAUUGCACAUAUCAGAAAAUUAGUAAAAUAUUUUUAAUUCAGUGCUUAAAAAACAUCAACUCCAGAUCUCCUUGGGAGUAGUAAACAGUAAUAGGGGUCAUCAGGUCUCAAAAUCUGUGUCUAGGUGACCCAGUUUGUUCUGCAAGGAAAAAUCCAGAAAUUUUCUAGCCAAAUACUGGGAAACAUAACUGGAAGGAUAGUUCAGGCACAUCCCCCAAGUUUUGCUUGACCUCAGAUUUGAUUGUUCCCUAACAAGAUUAACAUGCUAGCAAAGAAUUUCCCAUAAUCCUGAAAACCUUUCUGCCUUUUCCUAUCUAAUGCAGAUGUGCAAGUUCUGAGGGACCUUUAGUAUACCCCACAUUUCUGGAAAUUUUUUUAUAAAGGUAACCAUGCAAAGUUUCAAUAGCACGACAAGCAAUGGAUUUUAAACUAAUGCAAGCUGUAUAUAAUUUGAUGAGCAGAAUCUAGCUCAGCUCAGCCCUUCUCAGCUGAUAUAAAUUGGCACUAUAGCAUGAGAACCAAAGACGUUGCACCAGCUUACAACAGAUAAAAGGCUGUUCCAGUAAUGACUCAAACAACAAAGUCGGAAGUAAAGCCCAGAACGUAUUGCUUAGUUACUGCAUGUUUGAUUCACACAUACAUAUGGUUGUCUACAGAGCUAGCUAGCUAGCUACCUUAAUUAAACCACUUUCUGUUGAGCAAAUACUUUUCUGUUUGAAUUCAAAAUCUUUUAGUAUAUUUUCCUGAAAUUUUACUCUGGAAAAAAAAAAAUAAGACAGUCAUGUUGAAGUGUGCUGUUUAAGCAGUGUUCCUGAACUGAAACAUUAUAGUAAUUUGAGUUUUUAUUACAAACAAUAACAUCUUGUAUUAUAUUUUAAAGACAUAAAGGUUAU